GAGUUGGCUCGCCUGCGGAUAGAAGUGACGAGGUACCAGGCCGGGGAUUUUAGCCCCACGGUCCCAGGGGAACGGAAGAGCCUGGAGGCGGACCAGGUAGCCUUCGAAGGCGUCAGUGAGAAUGAGACGCACCCAAGCAGUGCGAACGAUGGAGGGGAAAGCUGGAAGCGAAUAUCCAGUGUUCAAAAGGCAAUCGCCGCCGGCCUCUCUCUCCGUGAACUUUGGACGUCUCAGAACAUCGGGAGAAGUACGGCCUACUUGGAGGAGAUCAAGGAUGAGCAGCUCAGGGCUGCUGCCUCCAUGUCUGCGCAAGCGGAUAGCUGGGAGGAGCAGAUGGUGCAGAAGCCGGCCUAUGGCUUUAUCAUUUCCCCACAUGGUCCCAAGAGAGUGGCAUGGGAUUUCCUCUCCAUGUUGCUACUCUUUUAUGAUGUUGUAACAAUUCCGCUUACAGCCUUUGACCCUGAUCCAACAACGUUCACGGAUGUGAUGGACUGGAUCACGCAGAUCUUCUGGACCUGUGACAUCGGAAUGUCCUUGAUCACCGGUUUCGUCCAGGAAGGCACGGUCAAUUCGAAACCGUGGCCCAUCUUCAUCAACUACUUGAAGACGUGGUUCAUCUUGGACUUGCUGGUCUGCGGCCCGGACUGGGUCUUCACGAUCGUGAACAUCUCCGGAUCGCAGGAAGCAACAGAUCCGGGGUCGGUGAACAGAUUGCUACGCUCUCUUCGAGUGGUUCGGACCGUCCGGCUGCUACGACUUGUGAAACUCAAGCGGAUCUUGGCCAUGAUCAAGGACCGAAUCACUUCCGAGGCAGUUUUUAUCCUGCUGAACAUUAUCCGCAUGAUCCUGAUGCUUCUUCUCGUGAAUCAUUUUAUCGCGGCGACCUUCUACCUAAUUGGCAGCCUUGGAGAGCCCAGCCAUAAUUGGCUGGAUGCUUACAAAAUGCAGAAGUUUGACGCGGAUCUCUUCUUCCGCUACAGCACCAGCCUGCACUGGUCAUUGACACAAUUCACUCCAGCCUCUAUGGACGUCCAUCCUCAGAACGUUGCCGAGCGCUGCUUUGCCAUCAUGGUACUGAUUGCUGGCUUGGUCCUCUUCUCGUCUUUCAUCAGCUCGAUAACUGGAUCCAUGUCGCAGCUUCGGAACAUGCAAGCUGACCGCUCCAAGCAGUUUUGGCUUCUCCGGCGCUACCUCAAACAGCAGAAGGUUCCCAUGGACUUGUGCUUCCGAGUUCUGCGCUACACAGAGUAUGCCACAAGCACUUCCCACGACCGCGUUCCGGAGGGGCGAAUUACGAUCCUCAGCUCUCUAACAGAGCAGCUCAGGAAUGAGCUGACCUUCUACACACACUACCGCAAUCUCAAGAAGCACCCUGUGUUUCUGCAAGUCGCCGGAAUGAACGAGGCCGUCCUAAACCGUAUGAGCGCACAGACUUUGAGCUCCAUGGACCUGGCAGCUGGCGACCCCUUGUUCAGCCUGGUCGAUGCUUCCAAGCACAUGUUCUUCAUUGAGACUGGAGCCAUUCGCUACACCGUGCAUGACAGAGACACAUCAAAGAUUCGGAGGACCGUUGCUGACUCACAAGCAGAUGCCGACGUGGACCCGAACAUGUCCACUGCACUGGGCAAGGCGGACUAUUUGUGCGAAGUGGCUCUCUGGAGUUCCUUCCAACACGUCGGCGUCGCCCAGGCCAUGGCUGAGGCUAGCGUGAUUCGCAUUGAAGUCCUGACCUUCUGCGAACUCGUGCAUAAGGACCCAGAGCUGCGUGAGCUUCUGUCAUUGUAUGCGCACCGGUUCGUAGAGCACAUGAACGAGCAAUCGAUUGAGUGGGUGGAGGUCAGCAGCCAGGAAUCGAAGCGUUUCACCGACGACUUCUUCCAGGCGCAAUGA